AUGAGAAUGGCUCACGAACUGUUGCCCUUUCUCGACAAGGAGGAACAAACGGCCGAGGCAAAGAGUAAAGAGCCGAAAGACUUCGAGGCUUUCAUGAACGAGGAACGCAUUGCGAUCGCCAACAAUGUCGCGCCUGCGGACGAGGCUUACUCCCAACUUCAUCAGAAAUCUCCACCGCUUACAACCCUCCGUCCUACGCACAUCAAAACUUCAAGAUGCGGUUUCUCCGCUCCGGGUUGA